GUUCGGUCGCCUAUGAUACUAGGACCAAUAGGUAAAAAAUGGGUUUGUGCCGGAGGUGUUGAACGAUCUACUCUACACAGGUGUGGGCUUACAGGGCUAGGGCUCAACAACCCUUUCUUUCAUUUAUCAAAAGGGCCCUGGUCGGUCACUUUUCCGGGCCGGGAUGAAGUUUUGGAAGUUCUAAAAAAGAGAUCUUUCUCUGAGCACCUCAGAUGAGGAAGGGUAGCCUGUCAAGCUGGCCUAACUAACUAUUUAGAAUAUCUAUCUAGAUAGAUAUAGAUAUCUUUUGAAUAUAUAUAUAAGAUUCGCUGUCUUUUAACCGGCUGUUCUUCUUUGUCAACGCUACUAAGGACCUAUAGGUUCGCCUACUUGACUUAUGAAAGAUAAUGAGAAUGGGUUAUUCAAAAAGGAAAAGAAAAGGCCCUACUUUCGCAAGCCUUUGUCAUUGUCAGUCAACUAAGUAGGGCCUGAGGCCCCCUGCGAAUCCGUAAAUCUGAAGAGCAUGCCGCAACAAAAGGAUGGUCCCCUAUGCAUUUCAUUCUUUCCGGAAGGGAAAAAAAAAGUACCCCCCAUCAUGGUGAACCUCUCCUUGUGAUCGGGAUCAGGUAGAUGCCUCCCAGCCGGGGGGAAGAUCGAAUCGGAGUUUCCUUAGGUAGCCACCGACCUACAGUUAUCCUUAAACUUCCGUGCUUGGUGGAGAAGAAGCGAACAAAGGUACGCUCGCUUGCUGUCUUGUUCUCUGCCGCGAACUGGGAUCGCUCGCCAGCUAGGUCAGAUUGGAGCAACAUUUUUUGAGAACAGAUUACCCAUCUUCGGGGACAAGGGGCGGAACGACCUCUCGAUCUACUUACUGCAGCCCAGGAAGAAAAACGUCGUCUAGGACUUCCCUCUUGCUCCGAUCCCCCCUACGCCUAGGACGUUGUCUGGGCCAAGAGCCAUAGUUAGUUGCUGUUUCCAUUUGGUUGUUUUUUUUCUCGUUGUUGAUACCGGCAAGACCCAGCCAGAUGAUGUCUGCUGGUUGGUAGUGAGAGGACUAAUAGUACCUGCAUACCCAAAAGGGGGCGCUGAUUAAAAAACAAUCAUUUGAUUUUGUUUCUUGCUCUCCCUUAGCAGCGGGAAAGGAGUCUAUCUAUCUGCCUAGCUUUGGUAGAUUUCCCCCAACGCAAUCCACAGAAAUUCCACGAAUCCCUUGGUGGAUAAGUCCGACGACUCAGCAGCAGUGCGGAAUUGAGUUUAUCGUCCGGUGGAUCUGAUCUAUAGUUAGGGGGCAAUACAUACCAAAAGGUUCGAAGAAGGAAGGCGCAUAAGAGUAGAUAACCAACCCACCCUUCUGUAUAACCUAUUCACAUUAGUGAAGCGGCUGGAUGCAUAACAUAAGGGAAGUGCACGUUUGUGAGACCUUAGUCGGGAUGGGGAGUCAACCUACGAGCACAGAAGAGCGUGGUACCGCUGCCCCUCUCUAAGUAAAGGUAAAGUCUCUCGUUCAGGUAGAAUGGUUGGAAAUGGAAAGAAGCGGAAAAGGGUCAAAGGCGGUUGCUAGCAUCGAAGAGAGCCGUCAUCGACGAGAAAGUGGGAGUUCGGACUUGGCGAACGAGCUCUUGCCGCGGGAGAGGAAAGCGGGGCAGGCAAAAUAACCAUUCCGGUGGUUGAUAGUGGAGCAAAGGCUGGAUAAAACAUGGAUAGGCAUGCCUUAUCAUCCAAAAGGAUUAGAAAGAGGAAGGGCGUUGUGCGGCUUCUUUUAUAGCGCACGCGUAUGAUGGUGAGCAGCAAGCUGUUGGUUUUUCAAGUAGGGGCUCUUACCACCAAGCGCCCAAUCCAACCAGAAUACAAGUAAGUAAUAUGAAUCGGCUGUCCCUCAAGCAAGUAGGAAAGAGCCAUUGCUUUUGUCAAACCAAAUGCUUGAGUUCGACCGAUUUCUUUGUAUUGUAGCAUCCGCCAAUCCCCUUAGCGUGAAGGAGAUCGUAAUAGGGUAGCUUUGUACCCCCUCUUUUUGUUUAUGGCGGAUGACAGACUUAACGGUAGUUGUCUGAUGCCAAAUGAUGAUUGGCUUGGUCUGAAGUCAGUGAAUGAUUGGUUCGCAAAACUUUUAUAUUACAUAAUGGGAACUCUCCCUAUAGGCGCCUCACUCUAUAUCGCCCAUUGACCUGAGGGCUGACUGGGAAAGAGCUUCGAAAGGUGACUGAUGGGAUGGGAGCUGUCGGCCUACAGGGAAAAACAAGUCUAUCUGAGAGAUGCGUUCGAUAGGGGGCUACCUUGAGUGGCCGAAGUGCGCUAGCCGGCUAACUUCUUUCCGCUGCUUGUAAAAUAGUAUGCUCCAUGCCCUGGACCAGUGGGCUGUACGAGUCAGAGUCUGUCCCGCCUAUCCUCUUUUCCCACUAAGGCUCCACGAACAAAUGGUACACGCUAUUCAAUGAGGUCGAAGAGGGAUGCGGGGAUCACAACUAUACAGGAGCUACAAAGGUGGCUGGCCACAACCUAAAUAUCGGCCCGACGACAGACAUGAAAGCACACGUGAGACCAAAAACGGAGCGAAUUUCCACUCUCGCCAUGAUGAAAGUGCAACUGACAUUACCGUCGCAGCAACUAAGGUAUACGUCUGCCUGGAUUCGAUUCGAGUGAACCGGCCCUCGAACUUUCACCUCAUGGAAUCCUUUUAUAGAUAAUGCCGUCCGAGAGCGCUUUCCACGAAAGCUCUUAAUAUAAUAGCUCUCCUAAGUGCGAAAAAAGUGCAAUCAAAUCAAGAUAAGAUAGAAGGAAUGGUUGAUAUAUAUUCGAUAAUCCCAUUCAUUUAUUUUCUUCGCAAAUGAAAUUGCGUAGAGUGGUGUUCGAGCUCACUGAUGGCGCUACACUUCCUUAGUUCCCCAUUCCUCAUUAAAUAGGGGAAAUUGCGUAUCUAAAGAUAGAGAAAGAAAGUGGUAGACCCUUUGUUGAAUUGUGAAUCGAAUCGUCUCUUGCAAGACAUGCGAAAUAUAGUAUGUGUUCCGUGACUGGCCUUUCUCGUGUUGUUGUCGAGCUUCACUUCUUUAUGCAUCUUUCUCCCAUUCUUUUCGUUGGUCAACAACCAACCCAAAUUCUUUCUAUUUCAUAACUAGUCCUACAGGAAGGAAUCUCUUUCUUUCCGGGAAUCCUUUUUCUCUCAAUCCAUCAAUAUGUUUCAAAAAUUUCCACCUUUUGUCCUUGUCCAAAUUUUUAAAAGUGUCAUUUUCUGGUUACCAAUUCCAAUUUCUCUUUGUGGGGUAUUCCUCACUUGUGAUGUAUUCCUCAGAAGGAGCUAUUGUGAUGCAGCGGAACCAUGGCAAUUAGGAUCUCAAGACGCAGCAACACCUAUGAUGCAAGGAAUAAUCGACUUACAUCAUGAUAUCUUUUUCUUCCUCAUUCUGAUUUUGGUUUUCGUAUCACGGAUCUUGGUUCGCGCUUUAUGGCAUUUCCACUAUAAAAAAAAUCCAAUCCCGCAAAGGAUUGUUCAUGGAACUACUAUCGAGAUUCUUCGGACCAUAUUUCCUAGUAUCAUCCCGAUGUUCAUUGCUAUACCAUCAUUUGCUCUUUUAUACUCAAUGGACGAGGUAGUAGUAGAUCCAGCCAUUACUAUCAAAGCUAUUGGACAUCAAUGGUAUCGGACUUAUGAGUAUUCAGACUAUAACAGUUCCGAUGAGCAGUCACUCACUUUUGACAGUUAUACGAUUCCAGAAGAUGAUCUAGAAUUGGGGCAAUCACGUUUAUUAGAAGUGGACAAUAGAGUGGUUGUACCAGCCAAAACUCAUCUACGUAUUCUUGUAACAUCUGCUGAUGUACCUCAUAGUUGGGCUGUACCUUCCUUAGGUGUCAAAUGUGAUGCUGUACCUGGUCGUUUAAAUCAGAUCUCUAUUUCGGUACAACGAGAAGGAGUUUACUAUGGUCAGUGCAGUGAGAUUUGUGGAACUAAUCAUGCCUUUACGCGUGCGCCCGGAAACAUAGGCCGACUGCUGAGCCCACUCUGGCUCAGCCGCACCACCCCCGGUGCGAGCCACCCGAGAAGAGCAAGCUAUUACAGCCAGCGGCUGGAGCUGUAGGGAGCCGAGGAGCAAGGCAGUAGAUAAGAUAGAAGAAGGGGCCAGGCUCCCGGUGGAGCAGAGGAGACGGUUAGGAUAACGAACUUGAAACGCGGAGCCCGAGCGGCCGGCAAGCGAGUGGUUAGUGGCCAAUAGCGCCCUAGUUGAUGGCAUUCCUUUCUGCGGCUGGCACUCGAGGAACCACGGGGCACUCCAUACAGAGCAAGCAAGUCUUAGGGAUGAGACGCCCGCGCAAGGACCUCAAUUCUCAUUAGGAGGUCGAACCAAGGACCUAUGGAAGUCGGGGCUACCCCGUCCCCAUGGGCAAGGCAACAGUGUCCUGAGGGAGGAGUUUAGAGGCCUUAUAGUAGCACGGACUUCUUUUUCUUUCUAGGUCAUGCGAAGGGGGCCAGUCCAAGAUCGUACUGUUCCUCUACAAAAACAACAGACGCUCUCAACGGCUAGGCCCCACUCUCUUUCUGAGUUAUUCCAGCUUCUUCAUGAUUUCGUGCCGCGGUGAACAAACAAAACAAAAAAAAAAAGAGGGCCGUCUCAUCGGGAGGAGAAGGACCUGCAACGGCAGAGACUACUAACCCUCUUCUUGUUCCUAGCCGUCUGUUACGAAUCUGGGAAGCCUGGAAUCCUCAAUAUGAGGGAUCCCUCAAAAUAGAGAAGGGCGGGCAGGGCUUCCGCAAGAGCCUCCCCCCUCUUCCCGGUCAAGAUAGAUGGGAAGGAGCCCCAUCAAGUAAAGGCCAUAACCUGUCUCUUUAUUUAUUUUAUGUACGUACACCUUUGUUUCAGGGUGGGGCCGCCCUUCCUUCAGCUGGUUUUGGCUUGCCCCUUGUAUAGGUUGGAGCUAUGAAGCUUACCAACAAGAACUAUUAGAGAAAGGGGAAAGGGCUUUUUCAGCUUGCUGCUCGCUUUCUCGCUUCCGAGAGGCGAAGGGAGCCUGACUUACGGUUUCCAAGCCUGGCGCGAAGCGAAGGGAUUGGAUUUCACCUAUGAUCAGAUCAGUGGGCAACCAUAGUUUACUUUUUUCGUGGGUUGACUUGAAGAAUUUGGAAGUAGGCCUCGCUUUUCGGAGCUGCUCCCAGCUCAAACUAUGGUGGAAGAGGUGCCGUGAAGAUCUAGGAGUGUGAGCAGUACGAGCUGAAAGGCUCCCAUACUGUUUGGAGGGCAGGGGGCAUAGAUGCCAAACAAACCUGACCCCUAUCUAUCGUCGUCGAAGCUGUUCCUAGGAAAGAUUAUGGUUCUCGGGUAUCCAAUCAAUUAAUCCCCCAAUCCGGGGAAGCUUAAGUAGACAUGAAAGAAUAGGAUGAGGGAAAGGGGGGGAGCCACUAAAUUGAAGGCUUCACUCGCUCGCUCUAACGCUCGUUUAGGAGACAGCGAGUGGAGUGCAUAAGCCCCUUUAGAGAUAGGGGGGAGUACUACACGAGCUCGUAAGUCAAGUACGGAACGAGCCUUGUCUACGAAGCAGAGCGACCUCGGCUUGCUUGCUUCUGGCGAAGCUUCUAGAACUAGAUAAUAAGCAUUCUUCGAUAGUCAAAAGACUACUUAUUAGGCCGACCACUACAUACAUAGGAGCGAUAGCGAAGCCAAGCCGUAUAAAGGCGAGCAGCCCUUAUAGCAGCAAUAGCAAACGGCCUACUUAUAGCCUUUUC